AUGUUUGUCCGUGCUGCCGCUAUGACGAGCGCUCUGCGUGGUGCCGCGCGUGCCUUCACGACGGCAUCCGCUGCACCAGUGUCGCGUGCUGUGCCCCUCACGGUGGCCGCCACCGUGGGCGUCGCUGGCCUCUCGCUGUACUCGCUCCCGAGUGUGCAGCUCGAGGGACCCCGCACGAUUGCCGGUGAGUACCAAACGGCGAACGAGCGCAGCUUUAUUAUGAUCAAGCCGGAUGGCGUGAGCCGUCAGAUCGUCGGUAAGAUCGUGGACCGCUUCGAGUCGCGUGGCUACAAGCUGGUCGCCAUCAAGUCGGUCGUGCCGUCGGAGCAGCUCGCCAAGGAGCACUACUCCGACCUGGCUUCGCGCCCCUUCUUCCCCUCGCUUGUGAAGUACAUCACGCAGGGCACGCCUGUGAUCGCGAUGGUGUGGGAAGGCAAGGACGUGAUCCGCCAGGGCCGCCGUAUGGUCGGUGCCACCAAGCCCCUGGAGGCUGACCCCGGCUCGAUUCGCGGUCAGUACGCCGUGAGUGUGGGUCGCAACAUUAUCCAUGCCUCGGACGGUUUUGACUCGGCUACAAAGGAGAUUGGUCUGUGGUUCAACGAAUCCGAACUGGCGUCGUACGAGCCGUGCACGUGGGGUCAGAUCAUGGCCGACAACUAA